AUGUACGAAGUCAUGUGGGAUACCCGACUCUUCAACGAUAAGGAUUUAUGGCCACUCGAUGGCUCACAGCCGUUCGUUUGGAGCACUGGCGACCAAACCGGGUAUUCACAGCACGGGGACUACGUGUUUGGUUGGAAAGGAGAUUCUCUCCAGCGAGCCUUGGAUGCCCGCUGCACGGGAGCCGUCUGUGGCCAACUAAAGACUCAGACAUCAGAUGAGGCGAUGAAAUGCACCAAGUCGCAACUAUACAAGGAAAAUAUCGACGGAUGGCUGACUGAACUUCCGGGAAUGGGCAUGGAUAGUUAG